CUCCUGCCUCCUCCCCCGUCCGCCCCGCCCCGUCCCGCCCGGCCCCGCAGCCCCGCGUGUUCGCUGACUCGCCGAGCCCCCGCUGCGGGGAUGGGCGCGCUGCUCCGAGCGCUCCUGCUCCCGCUGUUGGCGCAGUGGCUCUUGCGCGCAGCCCCCGCGCUGGCCCCGGCUCCCUUCACGCUACCCCUCCAGGUGGCCGCAGCCACGAGCCACGGAGCCUCGGCUAUUCCUGGGCUCGGGACUCCUGAGAUACCCCGUGCAGAUGGCCUGGCGCUAGCUCUGGAGCCAGCCGGGGCUGCCGCCAACUUCUUGGCUAUGGUGGACAACCUGCAGGGGGACUCCGGCCGCGGCUACUACCUGGAGAUGCUGAUCGGGACCCCGCCGCAGAAGCUGCAGAUUCUUGUGGACACGGGAAGCAGUAACUUCGCUGUGGCGGGCGCCCCACAUUCCUAUAUAGACUCCUACUUUGAUUCAGAGAGAUCCAGCACAUACCACUCCAAGGGCUUUGAUGUCACUGUGAAGUACACACAGGGAAGCUGGACUGGCUUCGUGGGUGAGGACCUUGUCACCAUCCCAAAAGGCUUCAACAGCUCUUUCCUGGUCAACAUUGCCACUAUUUUUGAGUCUGAGAAUUUCUUUUUGCCUGGGAUUAAAUGGAAUGGAAUUCUCGGACUUGCUUACGCUGCCUUGGCCAAGCCAUCAAGUUCUCUGGAGACCUUCUUUGAUUCCCUGGUGGCCCAAGCAAAGAUUCCAGACAUUUUCUCCAUGCAGAUGUGCGGGGCUGGAUUGCCAGUAGCUGGAUCUGGUACCAACGGAGGUAGUCUUGUCCUUGGUGGGAUUGAACCAAGUUUGUAUAAAGGAGACAUUUGGUAUACCCCAAUUAAAGAGGAAUGGUACUAUCAGAUAGAGAUCCUGAAAUUGGAAAUCGGAGGCCAGAGCCUCAAUCUGGACUGCAGAGAGUAUAAUGCGGACAAGGCCAUCGUGGACAGUGGCACCACACUCCUGCGCCUGCCCCAGAAGGUGUUCGAUGCGGUGGUGGAAGCUGUGGCACGCACAUCUCUGAUUCCAGAGUUUUCUGAUGGCUUCUGGACAGGGGCCCAGCUGGCAUGCUGGACAAAUUCUGAAACGCCAUGGGCAUAUUUCCCUAAGAUCUCUAUCUACCUGAGAGAUGAGAACUCCAGUCGCUCCUUCCGAAUCACCAUCCUGCCACAGCUCUACAUUCAGCCCAUGAUGGGAGCUGGUCUCAAUUAUGAAUGCUAUCGCUUUGGUAUCUCCUCCUCCACAAACGCACUGGUAAUUGGUGCCACCGUGAUGGAGGGGUUCUACGUGGUCUUUGACAGAGCUCGGAAGAGGGUGGGCUUUGCAGCAAGUCCCUGUGCAGAAAUCGCAGGGACCACAGUGUCUGAAAUUUCCGGGCCCUUUUCCACGGAAGACAUAGCCAGCAACUGUGUCCCAGCACAGGCUCUGAACGAGCCCAUCUUGUGGAUUGUGUCCUACGCCCUGAUGAGUGUGUGUGGAGCCAUCCUCCUGGUUCUGCUUCUCCUCCUGCUGCUCCCGGUGCGAUGCCGACGUGCUCCCCGUGACCCUGAGGUCGUUAAUGAUGAAUCCUCACUGGUCAGACAUCGCUGGAAAUGAAGAACCCCAUCUGAACUCCAGUAGCCUUGAACUCACUCUUCCAAGAGGGAUGUCUCCAGUCGACUUUUCUGUCCGUUUGUCUGGAAUCUCGGCUGUGCAUCUCAAUGCCUUCCAGACUCACUGUAUCUUGAUUACUCUUGAUUUCCAAGCUUCCAAAUCUUUUCUACUUCGGAGGGGAAUGAUAAUAAAAACAGUUCAUUGUGAACCAAAAUGGUGCAUUGGGCUUCCGGCUUUAUGGGACUGGUUAUGCCAAACUGCCCAGUGUACCUCCAGAAACAAAAAACAAUCCAAACAAGUUGAAAUAGACCAUCCAUGGUUAGUCAUCAUCCCUUCUUCAACCUCAGGAAAAAUGAAUACAUUUAGUUCCUAGUUUUGGUUUUGACCAUGUUAGAGGGUAUUUGCCAGACCACUGCCUGGUCUAGAACAAAUGAAAAGGUUUUAAAUAUUCUAGCUCUGUGCCUGAAACUCACUCAGCCUUCUUCCUAACCUGACUGCCUACAGGCCCUUGGUUGGGUAGGUCUUGUGCUCCACAGAGAAUGAGAAUUGACACACAGGUCACACCCCAUACAAGUCCUUGCCAGGGGAAGGUCUUCUGACCAUCUAGAGUAGGAUGGAGUUCUGAUGAAAUGCCUGUGGUAUCUUUCACGUGAAGGUAAAGAUGUCUCUUGUGUGGCUUGGGUGGGAUACAGGCAACCUCAUUCCCAUCAUUGCCCUGGCCCAUAAGGUGAGGCAGAACAGGUGCAGGGUUGCAUGCCACUCUUUGACAUUCUGUCUCCUUGCUGAUCAUGGUCACAUACACUUAUUCAGAUUUAAAGUUAAUUAAUCGUGUUUUAAUGAGGAAAACAAACUCCCCCCCUUUCUCUCUGCCACCGUAAUUGUUUCUUUUCUCCAAAUCUUCUCUGGAACUAAGUUGGUAAUUACUGAUCUGGGAAAUGGAGACAUGGCCAGAUGCCCGUGCUUCUGACCAGCUGUCGGGGAAGGAAGACUCGUGACUUGGAGCCUUUCCACUUUUCUGAGUCCUUUGAAGCCUUGCAUUUCCCUUCAUAAAAUGCCUGGGGCCCUAGUGUGCCAUCCAAAGCAACUUGAAGGCACCUGGCUGGCUGAUGACCUGUGUGGUGUGGUUCUUCCCUCUGGGGGAAUUAAAGCCUUAGCAGUGGGGGAAUCAGCAGUGUCUGUAUUUACUGCCAUUUGAGGCCUUUGUCAAAGAGAAGUGAGACCUCUAACUCCAGGCGGCCACUUGUUUAUGGUGGGACAUAACUGGCAUGCAGAGCGAAUCUUGCUUCCAGCCACAUUCCUGUGCCAAGUUCAGUGUCACGUGGUGCUGCCUCUGGGACAGGUUGGAUAGAAGACAUUCCUCCCAGAGUACUAAGUGUCCCCUUCGGCAGGAGUGUCUUGGUGUUGACAACAGACCUUGUAUGGACAUCUCAGCCAUCUGUGCUGCUCACCCGGUCACCUCCAUAUUGAGAAAUACAUGGCUAUGCCAAGGAUAUGCAGGAGCCAUCCAGCAUGUUGCAGUGAACUGGAAGACUCCCCGGUAGCCAGAGGAACCUUCUGUGAGACUCUUGUGGGAGAGGGAUUGAGCUGUGGCAGGAGAAAGAUCAAGCAGAAGCAGGGACAGCACCGUGUUCUCACAUGCUCACAGAUGUAUCGGGCCUGCCCUGGCUGAGGAUGAGUAAUUCCAAAAUGCACUAUAGGGUUAGAAAUCUCUAGAAGUGGGAUUCUGCUUUCAUGUUGAUUUUUCCAUUGAUUCCUGUCUGCUAGGCAGGUCUGCAUGGAAAUGAACCAGGUUCUCACAGACUCUGCCCAACUUCCCUGUGCUGUGAGGACUCUCAGUCCCUAAAACAGAAGGGGGCUGAUCAGUUUUCACACUCAGGAUGCCUGGUUCUUUGUAACAGGUCAAGAUUCUGAAGUAUGAAAGUUUCUGCCACACCAGGUUAGUGGGUACCCACAUCACAGUACAGGAUGCUGACAAGCAGGUGUCCUGGCAGGUGGGAGAGUACUACUAUUUUCUAUAUUUCGUAUCAAAUGUGUCUACCUUUGUAUCUCAGAUACCAUUGGAUGUGACAUUUUGAUGGAUAUGCUUAAGUUAUAAAAGCAUAACUUAGCAACCAGAAUGAAAUAGAUGGUUGAAUUUGGGACAUUUUCCUGGCAUGUACUGCUUUUGAAUUCAAAACUGUGGUGACGCCCACCAUCUCAAGUUCUGCAAACUGAGACUUCACUUGGCAGACUUUCAGGAAGGUUUACCUUGAACAGAAACUGAAGUAGCACCCUUUUGAGGGUCUCAGUUUUAUUUCGAAUAGGAUGAGGAAAACACUGGUAGAUGGGGAUGCCUCCCACCUGCAAGAUGCAACUUUGCUUCAGUUUGUCAUAAACCUGCCAGCUCUGGUGAGAAACC